CGAGCUUCGCCGUCUCACAUGACCUCGCCUAAAAUGUGUUAACCAGUUCCGGGGCAUAUAUUUCGCGCGUAAACAGAAAAAGACCGCGGCAAGUGCAGGGAACAAAUUCAAACAAUUGCAAUGGAAAUAGAAAAUCAAGUUCAAUAUAACGGUCCUUUGACCGAGUUAAAGCACACCAAUAAUUGCACAAAACCUGAUGUCAUCGAAGAACGACAUGAUGAGUUACAGUAUUUAGAAGCCAUUCAACAAAUAAUUAAACGUGGUGUUAAACGUGGGAACAGAACGGGUGUCGAUACAUUAUCCAUAUUUGGUAUGCAGAUGAGAUACAACUUAAGAAAAGAUUUUCCAUUACUGACGACGAAGAGAGUAUUUUGGAGAGGUGUAGCGGAGGAAUUAUUGUGGUUUAUUAAGGGAUGUACAAACGGUAAAGAAUUAUCGGAUAAAGGAGUCAAGAUUUGGGAUGCUAAUGGAUCGCGCCAGUUUUUAGAUAAUCUUGGCUUAAACCACAGAGAGGAAGGUGAUUUAGGUCCAGUUUAUGGGUUUCAAUGGCGUCAUUUUGGAGCUGAAUAUAAAGAUAUGAACAGUGACUAUAGUGGACAGGGUGUUGAUCAGUUACAAGAUGUCAUAAAUAAAAUAAAAAAUACUCCUGAAGAUAGACGUAUCAUUAUGUCAGCAUGGAAUCCACAAGAUUUAGGAAAGAUGGCAUUACCACCAUGCCAUUGUCUGGUACAGUUUUAUGUUGCUGGUGAUGAACUGUCAUGUCAGUUAUAUCAACGUUCAGCGGACAUGGGUUUGGGUGUUCCGUUUAAUAUUGCCAGUUAUUCCUUGUUGACCUGUAUGAUAGCACAUGUCACUCAAUUAAAGCCUGGAGAUUUUGUACAUACUAUCGGUGAUGCCCAUGUUUAUGUCAAUCAUAUUGAUCCGUUACUAGAACAGUUGAAGAGAACGCCUCGACCCUUCCCUACCCUCUCGUUACAAGAUGGUGUUACAAAUAUAGAUAAAUUUACAAUGGAGGACAUCAAACUGAAUGGUUAUGAUCCUUAUCCUAAGAUUCAAAUGGAUAUGGCUGUUUGAUAUUGCAAUAUAAUGACGACAUUAAAUUUUAUUUUUAUAUAUAAAA